CAGCAGCACACCAAGAGAUGAUGAAUCAAUCAUCGACAGAGCCAAACACAAAUCCACUCGUACAUCGGUUCACAUCCACCAUCGAUGACAGGAAAACCCAAGCAAUAGUUGCAGCCGUAGGCGGAGGAUUUGUUCAUAGGACGAGCGAGGAGAAGAUAUCGGACUCCAGUCAUUCUCCAUCGGUGGAUAGUUUUGCAACAAACAUUAAAAGUUUGCCAUCAUCGGCGCGAAGCUCAGAAUCGGAGAUUUUCCACCAUGUUCACGAUAGAACCAUCCAGCACAGAGCGAGAAUCGCUGUUGCCUCCCCCGUAUUCAUACGAGGAAUUGUAUUCGUCCUACCAGAACGAAUGGGAUUGUCAAAAGAAAAGUAAUAGAAGCGACCGCACCACAAACGUAGGCAAUUGCGACGAUACCACUGGCAUCGAUAUCGAUAUCGAUAUCGACGAAAGCGUGUCGGAUCUAAAGUGGGUGACCGUUCCAAAGCAUUCGGAUCCGAAACACGAAAACGAGAAGAACAACGCAGAUGAAAUCAUAAGCGAAAAUGAAAACGAAACGUAUCUUUUGGCGUGCUCCGGUUCGGGAGAAGUCGUCGUUUGGAAACUCGGGCAAACAACAACGAAGACAACCCAGAGCAUCAACCCGAUGGAUGCCGCAACGAGCAACAAUAGCGCGGCCGUAGCAUUGGUUCGACACACUCGGUGGAGUAUUUCGAGGAGCGACAACGAUGCGGAGGAUCGAAAAGGCGAUACGGAUGAUAGUGGCGACGACGGACAUGCCUACGGGAGUGAGUGCGGAGCAUUGUCCAAGAUGUGCAUCGUUUCGGCUACAUUCCCGGAUGGUGCCAGCACCUCCGGAGGACGGAAUCGGAAACGGCAACGCCAGGAUCAGAGCGGAGGCCAAGAAGAUGCGAUGGAAGACCAGCAACUUCUGAUCAUAGCGGGAGAAGAUGGACUGUGGAGCGUCCCUCUCUCGGAGGUGUUGCAGAAGCAGCCAAUGCAGGGGCAUUCUGCUUCGUCUGUGGUAUAUCCUCCGUCUCUACUGCGAUUGUCCGAUCGCGCAUUUUCACAACUACAGUGUUUAUCACCAACCAGUAAGUCUCCUGUCGAAGCUGGGAACAAUGUCCACAGUCGGCUGUUCGCCCUGGAAAAGAACACCAACAAUCUUUUAGUGUGGGACGCACGAAGAAUUAUUCAGUGCCACAACAACAACAACAACAAAAACGAUGAGGUAGUACCCGACAACGAAAUCGAUUUGUCCCGGUGUUUCUCGGAACAGCCGGUGGAAAAACCGAAGAAACGGAGACGGCUCUAUCAGAAAAGUAUCGUUAGCGGGGAAUGUGCAACUACGAUUCUGGUUAGUAAAAGCCACAACCAGUUCAAUCUUUUGGUAGGAACGGAUCGAUCGAGGGUGUGGAUUUUAUCCAUCGCAAGCGAUGCAGCCAAUCUUACGGUUUCAAUCAAAAGGUUGGAACCCCGAUUCCUCUCGCUGAACGUCGGGAAAAAAGCUUCGACAACAAAAUCUAGCAGUGCCUAUGUGUCCAAUCAUCACUCUCGCAAGAAGGGCAGCUUGGGCCUUCCUGCCAAUGAAAGGAAUCAAGAAGCAACAUGGAAAGUCACGGACCUCGCUGCAAGCAGCGACGGGACCUGGUGGACCGCAUCCGCGGUCAAAACCGGAAAGACCAAAAACAACUCUGAUUCCGACGGCACUUCCGGCCUGAUCGUCACCUGGCACGCCUCCAGUGGAAUGGUAACGGCGCGUCGAGAAACCCGCGAAGCAAUCCAUGCCAUUCGACUAGAGCAAGAGCAGCCUCCGCCACACGGGGCAGAUGGAAUCGGGUGUUCGUCGACACUUUUGUACAGCGCAGGAAACGAGGCGGCCGUUAGCGCUUGGGAUUCCUCCUUUUCGCUGGAUCUUACCGGUCGAUUUUGGGCCAGCCCGCCAUCGAGCAAAGCCAUUGCGGUUGCAUUCGGGACCACCACAAUGGCCGUUGGAGGGGUGGGAAAUCGGGUGGAUCUCUUUUUCGAGCGCUGCCGCGUUCAGACGGUACGUUUGUAGUUUCUAUCGAUCACGUUUACAAAAAUACCAAAAUAAAAACAAGCACACUCUCGUAGAGGAAUAUUCAUUUGACUGCAUUAAUAGUAUGGUAUGUAAUGCACAGUAUUCGUUAGUUGUUUUACGUCGUUCUCAUGUGAUCUUCUGCUGUCGUAUGGCGCAGCUUUGAUGCCAAGAAGACACAUCAUCAAAGUAUCCGGGUCUGCAAAAGGAUAGACUUAAAAUCGUAUCAUCGACAUGAAUACACUUGUAUCAAAAUCAUGUGUCAUACCGUUCUUACUCGGUAAGAUUCCGGAUAAGUCGUACUCCAAACCUGUGCUAGUUUCAACCUCAGAUGUAUUCAUCGAGCGUUGCCGACGGUUUUCACGGGCAAAGAAUUCAUCUAAAGUGCAGAAUCCGUAACUGGCGCCCGUCGCAAGAAACGCAACAAAGAAGUCGUUUUUUUCAUUCCCAAUGCUUCCUCUUCGGGGGUUACAACCGUCGUGGAAUCUACAAAGGCUGAAUUCUCUGGAGGAGAUUCUAGUACCGAACCCUUGGUUGGUGUUAGUCGUAUGAAACGCAACAACGAAGCUGCCCUUUUUUCCCCCGAGAUUUUCUCGUCGCUCGAAACGUUCGAGGAAUCGAUGGGUGGCAAAGGAGUUUCUGCAGGAGAUCCUAGCAUCGAUCCCUCGGUAGUUGCAGGCGAAGACUUUGCCGUUUGAGCGAUAAGACCAGAAAUAGCUGCAAUGAUUCGCGCUAACAAGGCUUUCGUGAACGCAACGGUCCACGAUCCAAUAGCCACGAUUGCCAAUGCACAGACUCGCACCACAGAACGUCGGAAGGUCUUCCAUUUCAAGACGAGAUUUUUGAAUGCUUGACACACAACUAUGAAGAGCUGGAGGAUCGUCUGGACGAUUGCCAUCGAAGUCAACAAUGUGUGCCGCACAAUCCGUUCCAUAUAGCUCUGGUAGCGGCGUUCAAAGCGCCUUCCCUCCCAUUCCAGAGCCGAAGCAUAGGUGGGUCCCAGAAGCAUGUGAUCGGCAAUGGGAUCACCAACGCGUGGGGCCAAAAAACAAAAUUCGUCUUCCAUUUCGUUCGUAUUGUAGUUGCUUUGAUAUCGGAUGAACCCAGAUCGCAAGGCGGUUUCCGCACUCGGAUUCACAAACAGCAAAGGAUCGUUAACGCUGUAGUAGUUGACGCACCUACGAAAAGGUGUCCCGGGUGUGGACCGGACUGGAGUGGCGCCCCCAAAGCAUAUGACCUCGAUAUGAUUCAUUUCAAGCGGCGUCAGUUGCUUGGCUGCCAACCAGGUGACCAGAGCGCCCUGCGAAUGAGCAAUAUGCACCACGGUACCUCCCCUUUUCCCUUCGACGGAUCGGACGGCCUCCUUGAGGUGUUUUACAAGGCCGUUGACCUCUUCUGUAAUCCUUCCCAAGUACUUUUGCUGUCCAGCUUGAGUGAGAUCACUAAAGUAACCCCGCGUGU